UCGGAAGCGACACAACAUGCCAUAAGACAAGGCAGUGAUACUGUGUAACAGCAGGUUUUGUAAGUCGUCUCUGUCAUUGUUCGGUUUAAUGUCCCCAAUUGGACACAAACUGUAGUAACGCGAACUACCUGUCGUAUGAGUGUGUGUGUGUUGGUGGUUUAGUUCAACCCGACUGACUGCUGAGGAUGUUCGGCUCUCUGUGAGCUUAGCGGGAUAGCCGAGCCACGUAAACAAUGGGCUGAUGUGAGAGACGUGUUUCUAACUCAACGGUCUGUGCGUGUUACAACGAAGCACCUCACUUCUUGUUGUGUGUUCUUUGCCUACAGCAGCUGCAUCACCAUGCCUGUCGACGGUUCAGAGGACCAGGUGCCCUCCUCUCUCUCCAGCCCUGCCAGUGCUGCCCUCACCCCGGGAGGGACAGACGAGGAUGGGUCUACAGGGGGCUCGGCAGUGUGCGCUUUUUCUGAAAACAAUCAGGGCUCUGAGGCUACGGCAGCCUACCCUGCCAACACUGGACCUGGGGAGGGCAACAGCGGUGGUAAGCGGUCUGGAACCUUGCUGCAGAUCGACCGACAGCGUAUUCAAGCAGCAUCUGCCAGUUCUGGAGCCAAUGAACUCCAGGGCCUUGGUGUGGCUGUGUAUGACCAUGACGUCCUUGAGCAAGGUGUUCUCCAGCAAGUGGACGAGGCAAUUCAGGAGGCCAAUCAGGCUGCUGCUAAAGCUGAGGCCGAGAAGGAAUACCACUCUGUGCUUGAUGAUGUCAGGUCCGUCACAGCGUCUCUUAAACAAAUCAACAAGAUUAUCGAGCAGCUGUCUCCCUAUGCUGCCUCCAGUAAAGAUAUCAGUAGGAAGAUUGAAUCUGUCAAACGACAGAAAGAAAACAAGGAGAAACAGCUAAAGAAAGUCAAAGCCAAACAAAAGCGACUUCAGGCCAUUCUGGGAGGAGAGGAUACCGAAAGGGUAGAAGCUGAGCUUUUGGCAGAAGAUAAUGAAGAGGAAGAAGCCGGACCAUCUACACUGGGCAGUAUGCUCAUGCCUGCUCAAGAGACCGAAUGGGAGGAGCUUAUCCGGAAAGGUCACAUGACGCCUUUUGGAACUCGAAUCCCACAGAAAGAGGAAAAAAAGAAGCCUCGAAAAGUGAUGCUUGCUGAAAACUCGGCCUUUGACAUGUACUUGUCGGACCAGGCCAAGAUGGCUACUGAGAGGAGGAGAGUCCCUCUCCUCAAGAAGAAAAGGAGCUCAGGACUCAGCCCUGAUAAAGCCGUGGGAAAAACAAAUAGAAUUGUUUCCUCUUCCAAGGACAAAAAAAUUAAGAAGCGCAUACAAAAGCUUCAGAUAACAGCUCUGAAGGCCCAUUCUAAGGCCCGGCCUAAGGCUGAGCCCCGGCUCCCUAAACCAAAGCGCAAGCAUCACACUCAGGGUGAGGAGACAGACAGCGAGGGCUCAGAGUACUUGUCCAGUGAUGAAGGCAUUAAUCCUGACCAAGAGGAAAGAGAUGCCAUGGAGGAGGGCUUUGGGGAGGAUGAUGAAGAAGAGUAUGAGUUGAAAACAUACAAUAAGAAAAGGGAAGGGAAAGGGAGGAAGAAAUUAAAGAAAAAAGAGGAGAGUGAGGAAGAAUACUGCCCUGAGAGUUCAGAUGAAGAGGAGGAUGCGAAGGGUAAAGACAAAAAAAACAAAAACAAAGAUGAUGGAGAUGUGGAGUACUACAGGCAGCGAAUAAGGAGAUGGAAGCGACAGCGUCUUCGAGAAAGGGAGGCAAAGAGAGAAAGGGGUGAAGAGCUUUCAGAUGACAGUGAUGAAGAAUUUGACGAAGGCUUCAAAGUCCCUGGUUUCCUCUGGAGAAAACUUUACAAGUACCAGCAGACAGGUGUGCGGUGGAUGUGGGAACUCCACUGUCAGCAGGCAGGUGGCAUCCUGGGAGAUGAGAUGGGAUUGGGUAAAACCAUCCAGGUCAUCUGCUUUCUGGCUGGACUGAGCUACAGCAAACUGAGGACCAGAGGAUCUAACUACAGAUAUGUUGGCCUGGGUCCGACGGUCAUCGUGUGCCCAGCUACAGUGAUGCACCAGUGGGUAAAGGAGUUUCACACCUGGUGGCCUCCUUUUAGAGUGGCUGUACUACAUGAAACUGGCUCGUUCGCCAGCAGCAAGGAAAAGCUUAUUCCAGAGAUAGCGUCAUGUCAUGGUAUCCUGAUAACCUCAUAUUCAGCUGUGAGAAAUAUGCAAGAAACCCUGCAGCGCUUCGAUUGGCACUACAUUAUCCUGGAUGAGGGCCAUAAGAUCAGGAAUCCAAAUGCUGGAGUCACCACUGCCUCCAAACAGUUUCGCACUCCCCACAGGUUCAUUCUGUCAGGCUCUCCCAUGCAGAACAAUUUGAAGGAGCUAUGGUCUCUGUUUGACUUUGUCUUCCCCGGCAAACUGGGGACACUGCCUGUCUUCAUGGAGCAGUUCUCUGUGCCGAUCACCAUGGGAGGAUACAGCAAUGCCUCACCUGUGCAGGUCCAAACGGCAUUUAAGUGUGCAUGCGUGCUGAGGGACACCAUCAAUCCGUACCUGCUCAGAAGAAUGAAGGCAGAUGUCAAGGACAACCUCUCCUUACCUGACAAAAAUGAACAGGUUUUGUUUUGCAGAUUAACAGAGGACCAGCGGGAGGUUUAUCAGACCUUCUUAGAUUCCAAAGAGGUCUACCAGAUGCUUAAAGGGGACAUGCACAUAUUCUCAGGUUUGAUAGCAUUACGUAAAAUCUGUAACCAUCCAGACCUACUGUCCGGCGGCCCCCGGAUUUUGAAGGGAAUUCCAGAUGACCAGCUAACUAAAGAGGAACACUUUGGCUUUUGGAAACGUUCAGGCAAGCUGAUGGUCGUGGAGUCUUUGCUGCGACUCUGGUUGAAACAGGGCCACAGAGUCCUGCUCUUCACUCAGUCUAGACAGAUGUUGAACAUCUUGGAGGUAUUUGUGACGGAGAAUAAUUACUCAUAUGUAAAAAUGGACGGCACUACCACGAUAGCUUCCCGACAGCCCCUCAUCGCUCGGUACAACGAGGACAAAUCCAUUUUUAUCUUCUUGUUGACCACUAGAGUCGGAGGUCUGGGAGUCAAUCUGACUGGAGCCAAUAGAGUCAUAAUCUAUGAUCCAGACUGGAACCCUAGUACUGACACACAGGCACGAGAGCGAGCAUGGAGGAUUGGUCAGAAGCAGCAAGUGACGGUCUACAGAUUGCUGACUGCAGGGACCAUUGAGGAGAAGAUUUACCACAGACAAAUUUUCAAACAGUUUCUGACCAACCGUGUUCUGAAGGACCCCAAACAAAGACGGUUCUUCAAGUCCAACGACAUCUAUGAGCUUUUCACACUGACUGACCCUGAUAGAGCUCAGGGAACUGAGACCAGUGCCCUAUUUGCAGGUACAGGUUCUGAUGUCAAGGCACCCAAGAAACCUCAGAGGCCAAUGCCAUCACGCAUAGUAAAACAUGGCAGUCACAUACAUAAACACUCCUUAGCAAACCAGAACGAAACCACAAACAUUCAUGCAUUAAGAGAUGGAAACGCUUCUCCGAGCAGAAAGAACUCUUUGGGUAAACCGGCAGACGGUCAAUGCACUAAGCAAAAUGGCCUCGAUAUAGAGCCAAAUAUUUCAGCAAAUUCACAGCAUACAGUACACAAUAACAGAGACUGGAAGAGAGCCAAGUCAGCCGUUAAAAACUCAUCCAGCGCUCACCAACCCAGAGACAAAGACGCAACCCUGAGGAGCCCGCAGAAACACAGGGAAAAGAGGAAGCACUGCGACUCACUUGACUCAGACAAACGCAAACACAAGAAGCGUAAACACUCCAAGGAUUCUCGGUGUGAAGGCCACCGCAUCUCUCACUUGGUGAAGAAAGGAUCCUUUCAGAAAGCAGAGAGUGACGACAAUGAGACAGAGAAGAAAUCAGAUGAUUAUGUCUUGGCAAAGCUCUUCAAGAAAUCUGGUAUCCACAGUGUGAUGCAGCAUGACACCAUCAUGGAGUCCUCCAACCCUGACUAUGUUCUUGUGGAAGCAGAAGCCAACAGGGUGGCCAGAGAUGCCCUGAAAGCACUGAAGGUUUCUCGGCAGCAGUGCAGGCGCUCCUUUAAUAGACCCGCCCCUCCACCUGCACGGAAGCGGUUUGGACAAAAGAAUAAUUCUCUCCUGGUUGCACCUUCCGCUCAGUCUGUCCCCACUCUGAGCAAAUGCAAGGAUGCUGCUAUUGUAAAGAAGUCUGUGUCAAUGAAGCUGGGUUCAGGAGCUCAUUUCAGUGGGGAGGGUGCAGAAAGUGACUUAAAUGUCGCCCCACUGUCCUCUUCCUCCCUGUUGGCCAAGAUUAAAGCCCGUAAUCACCUCAGCAUACCCUCCAGCCAAAGAGAAGAAGCAGAAGAGGAGGAGGAUGACUCUGGAGCCCCAGGAAGGAGCUCCCCCCCAGCUCCGCCCACUGAGCAUGACGAGCUGUUGGUGGAUGUACGCAACUUCAUGGCCUUCCAGGCAAAUGUGGACGGACAGGCCACCACACAGGAAGUGCUGGGGUAUUUCAAGCCAAGACUGACUGAGAAACAGGCGCCUGUCUUCAGGGAGCUGCUCAGGAGCAUCUGUGACUUCCAGAGGACUUCUGGUCAGGAGGGCAUGUGGAGACUGAAGGAGCACUUCCGCUGAGGGAAGCGCAGAUGAAAGUGGAGGAAAGCCUGAUCUGUGAUGCAUUUCUGAGUACUUGUCAGCUUUGAAUCUGUAGAGUUCAAGCUUAAAACAUAUUUUCAUGUAUUUGUUUUUCAUUUAUUUGUUUUGUAUUGUGUAAAAUUGAGACAUCUGUUUAACAAAACUACAUUGACCAAUAUAUUUAAAUGGGUUUGGUAUGUCAGGACCAUAUUAACACAGUUUACAGUGAAGUAAAGUUCACUUGUUUUAUUUUUGCUUGAAAGUUAAAAACUGUAACCUUGUGAAUGAUUUACUGUGUUCUGUUGUUUGUUUCUGAAUGUGUUGUUGAUUUCACAGCCACUUGUGUCACAUUUUGUAAUAUGCUUCUCUAAAAUAGGGGAAUAGUGUGGCACUUUGUAAAUACGAUUAGAGCUCCACGGAUUUUAGUGUAUUUUGUAAUUACCAAUUUUUCUUACUGAUUUCAGUAAAAUUAAAAAGAGCUACCUCGUAUUUGUUUUGGGAAAUAUUGUCAAAAUACAGAGUAAGUUGGCUGCCAUAUUUUAUAAAGGUAAACAGCUAAUGAUGCACUGUCUUGCAUUUAUUGUCUAUAAUAAACGCUGUAAUGGCU